GAUUGUUGUAAACUAGUAGAUCUAUAUAAGGCUACACCAACUCAAUUAGAUUUACAUUAAACCAACACCAUGGCUACCCGGAUCGUUGUAAUUCUAGUGAUUUGUAUAUUAAGUUUCCCGUCCUAUCAAGGGAGAAAAGUUAUCAUUAACGACAUAGAAUGCAGAAAGUUUUCUGGAUUUCAGGCUUACAAUGAAGGCAAUGUUAAAAUGUGUCUCAGCUACCGUCAAGAUUUAAAAAACUACACUGAUGCAAGAGCUGAUUGCGCUAGUGUAAAUUCAAGACUUGCCGUAUUCAAUACGUGGGAGAAAUUCCAAAUCGUAAUACCCUUCGAGGAUGCUUGGAUUGGUUUAGAUGAUCUGGAAACUGAAGGGACUUUCAAAUGGGCUGAUGGUUCAGUGUUAGACGACAAUCUCAAAAUUCGCAUUUUUUACCCAGGAGAACCGAAUGCUGUGUAUCCUGAAGAGGACUGUGCUUGCCAGAGAUGUUGGUCAAAUUACAACAAAUUAUGUGACGGACCCUGCUACCUUGCUAAAAAUUAUCUUUGUGAGAAAGUGAUUUGAUAUGUUUGUAGUGCACCUUUUGAGCCCAAAUCAAUGUCAACAAUACUAUUUUAAAAAAACAGAAUAAAACAAUAUUA